UUCAGGGUCUCCAUGUGAAGCUAUCCCAUGAUGCAACAUGUGUCCCCAGCACCAGCAUUGACCAUGAUGGCCACACAGAGCGUUCCUCCACCAUCGUACCAGGAGAGCCAACAGAUGACAGGCACUACACAGCAAAACUCAAAGGCCCAGCAUGUCCACAUCUCUGCAGCCUCAGUGGCAGGGGCCACCACGGUUAGCGUGACCCUUGACCCCCAAGCCCAGCUGGAGUCAGACAAACGGGCUGUUUACAGACAUCCUCUAUUCCCUCUUCUGGCUUUGCUGUUUGAGAAGUGUGAGCAAGCUACGCAGGGAUCAGAAUGCAUCACCUCCGCCAGCUUUGAUGUUGACAUCGAGAAUUUCGUCCACCAGCAAGAGCAGGACCACAAGCCUUUCUUCAGCGAGGACCCUGAACUAGACAACCUGAUGGUCAAGGCGAUCCAGGUGUUGAGGAUCCACCUGCUGGAGCUGGAGAAGGUGAACGAACUCUGUAAAGACUUCUGCAAUCGUUACAUCACCUGCCUCAAGACCAAGAUGCACAGUGACAAUCUGCUACGGAACGACCUGGGCGGCCCGUAUUCACCAUCACAGACCAGCCUCGGCCUGCAACAGGAUCUGCUCCAAAACUCAUCCCCAUCCCUCACCUCUGUCUCCAGCACAGUUAACCACUCCGGGAUUGUGGUCCCUGCUGGCUCACUGCAACAGAACAACAUUGCCAUGACCACUAUCAACUCUCAGGUGGUCUCAGGUGGAACGCUCUAUCAGCCGGUGACAAUGUUAACCUCACAGGGGCAAGUGUUAACACAGGGGUUACCGCAGGGAAUCCAAAACAAUCAGGUGAACCUGGACUUGUCCUCACUCUUGGACGGCGAUGACAAGAAAUCAAAAAACAAAAGAGGCGUUCUUCCCAAACAUGCCACAAACAUCAUGCGUUCCUGGCUCUUUCAGCAUCUUAUGCACCCUUAUCCCACAGAAGAUGAGAAAAGACAGAUAGCAGCACAAACAAAUCUUACCUUGUUACAGGUGAACAACUGGUUUAUUAAUGCCCGCAGACGUAUACUGCAGCCCAUGUUGGAUGCCAGUAAUCCUGACCCUGCUCCUAAAACCAAGAAGAUGAAAUCUCAGCACAGACCAACACAGCGCUUCUGGCCUGACUCCAUUGUAGCUGGAGUCCUGCAGACACACGGAUCCCACUCUACAAACAACUCAGACAGUUCUCUGGGCAUUGAUGGCCUGCAUUCUCUAUCCUCGGAUUCUGCCACACUGGCGAUGCAGCAAGCCAUGUUAGGAGCUGACGAUUCCAUGGAUGGCACUGAGGAGGAAGAUGAAGAAGAUGAGGAAGAGGAGGGAAUCGAUGAUGAGGAAGAUGAAGAGGAGGAUGAAGAAAGUGAGGGAGGCAGACAGAUGGCCAUUUCUGCUCGGAGAGAUCUGGGCCUCAACCACAACGAUGGACUGGAAUUGUUUUUCCUCCAUUGCUGUUCCAAAGUUGCCAGCAUGUCUAUUGCUAGCACAGCUGCCCAAGCGAUGCUCUCCGAUGCCCUGCUGAGGGACAGUAAUGUGGACAAUCGCAUCAGGCACCUGGAGCUGGAAUUACCCUUGGAUAAAGUCAUCAAGUUCGUGUCUGUGGGCCUGCCGCUCCUUCUGAUUUCCAUGGCCUUUGCCAGAGAGAUUUCUAUCGGCCCACAGAUUAGCUGCUUUCCUCCCAAUAACUUCACAGCAAAGCAGGGAGCAUAUGUAGAUUCAUACUGCUGGGACUCACUCAUGCACCAUGAGUUUGACACGGAUGGAAACUUUGAAGAACGUUCUCUGUGGGUACAUAAAAUGUUUCCAUAUUCCUUAUUGGUCAUGGCCAUGAUGAUGUACAUGCCUGCUCUGAUCUGGCGUUACCUGGCUGUGCCCAGCCUGAGCUCUGACCUGCUCUUCAUUAUCGAUGAGUUGGACAAGUCUUACAACCGUUCUGUCCGCCUAGCGCAGAGCAUUCUGGAGCUUAAAGAGAGAUCAGACAACCCACUGCAGUUUCAGGCUGAACUUGCCAGAGCCAAGAGCAAGCGUUACUUUGAAUACCCCCUCCUGGAGAGAUACAUGCAGUGCAAGCACGGCUCCUACUUCUUGGUCAGCAUGCUCUUCUUGCGAGGUUUCCUGUUGCUGACCUUCAUGUCCGCAUCUUGCCUAUACCUGGUCUACUUCCACCUCUCUGCCUUCCUACAGGAUGAAUUCAGCUGUUUCGUACGCACUGGGCUCCUUCGUGACCAGCCCUGGGUGCCUGAGCUAGUUCAGUGUAAAAUGACUGGCCUGCUUGUGUUCCAGGUCAUUAGCGUUGCUAACGGUGCCAUCUAUGUGCUUCUGGCUCCUAUUGUUCUUUUUAGUCUGCUGCGUUUGUUCUGCUGGGACACGACCUUCCUCUCACUUUACGAGGUUCUGCCUGCACUGGGGCUCAUCAGCGGUCAGAAACUACACUGCCCACUUAACGACCUAAAUGUGCUGCUGCUCUUCCUACGUGCCAAUGUAGCACAUCUGCGUUCCUACGGGCGCCUGAGGGCCGUGUGCUCCCUAGCGCCUCCUAGACUUAAGGGUGGCAAGGGCAUGCUGACAGAGGAGCAGGCUGAAGAGGCUGCAGAGGCUGCUGAGGAGCUGGAGGAGGAGAUUAGGGAGGCCAGAGAGGAGGGCAAGCUUAAUCUAGUGGACAUCAUGACAGUGCUGGGAGCGGCCAAAGGAAAUGCAGUGAACUGCAAAGAGCAGCGCCCUUUAGUGGAAGAGGACAUGACACUUGGUACAGUCACUCUGAUCUAUGUACUCAAACGUAUCCUGCUCGUUGGCAUUUUCGUGGCUAUCAUAUGGGAUGUUCAGAAAAUCAUCAAAUGAGAUUACUGUGCACAAUGUUGACCAUUGGUAAAAUGAUCUGAUAUAUGAUGUUUGAUGUUGGAAAUUGGUAUUUUAUGUCCCUACUGUGUCUGUAAAGAUAUUGUUGCGCACAGGGCCAAGAAUGACCUACAGUGCAGCAUUUCUUAAGAUAUGAAAUUAUUCCGAACAACCCUCAAAUGCCACGUCAACACUAAUAAGACGAUGUUAGGAAAUAAAAACAGAUUAGUGUGUAUGUGGCCUUGGAAGUUUCAUCAGUGUUUAUACAACUCACCUACAUUACAAAAAAAUUACAUUUGAAACAUCCUUAUCAGUUGAAAAGGAGGCUCUAAAAAAAUGACAGUUUAUAGGCUAAAUUUUAAGUUUAUAGACUAACAUUCACAUAAUGCACUUUAUUUUACUGAAGGAAAAAAAAAAAAAAAUCUUACCAUCUGGUCUUAAACAAAAAUAUAUGCCCCUAACAGCACUCUCUGU